UGGUUGCCUCAGACACAGUAGCUCUCCCUCUCACUCACUCAUAAAUGCGCUGCCACCACCGACCGUAGCAGAUAAUCACAGGCCACUGUGAGAGGGACACACCUUCCGCUGAUUUUGCCACAGUUUACACGGGGAUGCGUUUCGAUUCACGAAAAGGUGUCAUCAGUCCAAGAUUUGAGUCGUGUUUUCAGCUUGCAUUUUCGCAAUUUUGCGAUUUUAGCGCCUAGGUUACGAGAUUGCUCCGCUCCAACUCGAAGAUGACUGGGGUUUUUGAGAACUUAAAUACUGAUAUGCAUUCGAACCAGAUUACCUCAAGCAGUUACCACAGCUUACACAAAUCGCAGGAGUCUCCGACUCUGCCGGUGUCCACGGCGACUGACAGCAGCUAUUACAACAGCCAACAGCCUGGCCAUUGUGCGGGGUCUCCAUUUGGCCAACUCGGCUCUUACCAAUACCACGGCAGCGCCACGAGCACUGUGCCAUACAACGCAAAGUCAUACGACCUUGGUUACAACUCAUCUUAUGGUGCAUACAGCUCCUACGGCUCCAACUCCUCUCCUACUCCAGCCGAUACAGAGAAAGAAGAGAGCGAGCCAGAAAUCCGGAUGGUUAAUGGAAAACCAAAGAAAGUCAGGAAACCUCGAACCAUUUAUUCUAGCUUCCAACUGGCUGCACUUCAGCGGAGGUUUCAAAAGACGCAGUAUUUGGCUCUACCAGAACGGGCCGAGCUGGCAGCCUCGCUGGGCCUUACGCAAACACAGGUCAAAAUCUGGUUCCAAAACCGCCGCUCCAAGUUCAAGAAGUUGUGGAAAAGUGGAGAAAUCCCCCCAGAUCAACAUGUUGCUUCCAGUGAAUCUCCCCCCUGCACGUCUCCGCCAACUACUGCCUGGGACUUUCCACAGACUCAAAGAAUGAACAGUGUCAACUCCAGUUUACCUCAGAGCAGCAGCCCUCCCAACACGACUGCGCCUUCAUCGUUUUUGGCAAACUACUCCUGGUACUCAACCACGAACUCUACGACGCAUCUGCAGCCUCCUCUGGUCCAGCACCACCACAACUCCGCCAUAAGCGCUGGGACGAUAUUCUGAACAACAACAAACAUCGGGUUUAAAUCGGACAAUACUGGUGAAAAAAAAAGAAAAUGCCAAUACCUUAAUUUUACAGACCUCGUGUGUGCGCCAUGCGAACUUUACACGCAAGCAUCUAGGAGAAGUUAAUGGAGCCAGACCGGUUCAUGGACCUUGCCAGUUUGCGCGUUGGCAAAUGGUAGACACAGAUUUCUACAGUUAUUUUUGUAUUUAUUUAUUUUGUUUAUGUCGAGGGAUGAAUGAACCACUAUUACCCAAAGCAAUCACAGCCUGGGCGCAAGCCUACUUUUACGUGGACGUCACUUUUUUUGCCACUCCUGCAAAUAAACAUUCAUCGCAGGACAACCUGUCACAAAUGUAGCACAAGUUAACUGUAUCGUGCCUUUUUCAAUAUGACCUCAUUUUGUUGUGCGAUAAAACAGCUUACCUUUAUCCAUUCCUCAUGUCAUUAGUUGAUUUGAAUAUACCCAACUGGGGGUAUGUCUGAAUCCACGUUUGUAAAUAUUUUACCACAGCUUUUUGAUAGCCCAUGUCGCUUUGACUCUUUUUUUUUUUAGGCUACUGGUGCAAAUCCAUUAACCACCGUAAGCUACUGAUUGUCCUACCCUCUGAUUUACUUGUAUCACAUUUAAUUGUAUUUUGGUCUUAUUUAUUUUAGCAGUGUCCCAUAUAUGGCCAGACGUUAUUUAAAUAAAAAUGUUUUCUGUGCAUAUGUAUUUCUCUUUUUCUUUCCUAAAAGGCAUUUAUAGAUGACUGGGGAGAAUUUGUGUUGUCUUAUUCGUUUUUUAUGGGUCUAAUAACAAAUAUAUGCCUGCAUGUAUUUUAGCCUAUUUUAUUUUACAGCAAUGCAGAUAUGAUUUAGAUGUAAUUUUUGCCUUGACGGUCAUUUUAUGAUUUUUAAAUCAUAAAAUUAAUGCUAGUGCUUGUUAGGUGCUAUCACAAGCGUGGACAAGCGGAAGAUAAUUCCUCAGCCGAGCCGAGACUCAUUCAGACAGGCAGACAGGCAGGCAGGAGGAAGAGGCCCGGGGCGCAGGCUCAGCGGAGGGGGGAGGCAACACAACAACACGCCUUGGCAUGCGAGAGGGGAAGAUGAGGGACUGUAGCUUGUCAGCGGUUGCUAUAUCUCCAUGAUGGAGCCUCCUCCCUGGAGCUGACAGGCUCGGAUCCCAGGCAUGCAGCAGGAUGCCGCUGCUCAUCUGCCUCCAUGCUGAUUUCUGAAAAUCCCGAGAGGGAGCUUGCCUCUUCCAUUUCAAGCUGAAAGGCAUUGAUGACUCACAUCAGUUCAGGAUGUACAGACCAAAUGCCCCUGGGACUCCAAACUGGACUUGUUGCUCUGUAGAUGACUUAAUGCUGUCACUGAGUCUUGAAGCCUGAUGAUAACAGAAAUAAAGUGCCAGUGAAUGUGGCAUAAAUUCAA